UACGAAGUGACCGAGGCAAAAAGUCGGCAAACGCUGUCGUUGAGGAAAAAGGUGCUGGGGCCAGAGCACCCAAAUACGCUGUGGAGCGUAUACUUUCUUGCAUGCCUUCUUAGCAAACAGCGUCGUGUAGACGAGUCUUUACCUCUGCACCAGAGGGGAUCUGCUGGAUACGAAAAAGUCCUUGGAAAAGACCAUCCUACGACC